UUUAGCGUAAAAUUCCUAUUUUACAUUUUUAAAAUUUGCCCAUGAACUCAAUUCAUGAAGAAAUCCGUGGCUUUAUCGUCAAAGUAAAACUGGUAUAAGAGGAGGGGACAUUUUCACGAAUUUAAUUUACGAUAGUUUCUUUGCCCGUUUCACAUUCAUGACGGGAACACUCUUUUACGUUCAGUAACGAGUAACACUGCAUUACCGGUUUCGCCUUGUGCGCCGCUACUGUAUUACAUCUUAGUUCCAUUUCUGCACAGGCAAUGUUUGUUCGUUUUGAAUUGCCUUUCCACGAAGCACGUACCACAUCCACGAUCUAAGCAAGACGGAUCAAGGAUCAAGUCUUUUUUUCUAAAAUAUUUCUUCCACUUCCACACUGGCACACUGCCUUUGACAGUGAUUGUAUGAUCGCUACAGUCUUGUCAAUUUUCUCUUUGUUUUCAAGCGCCAUGGCAGCCACACGAGAAAGAAGUUUCAUCAUGAUCAAACCUGACGGUGUCCAAAGGGGCCUCGUUGGAGAGAUCAUCAAAAGAUUCGAACAGAAAGGGUUUAAACUCGUCGCACUGAAGUUCGUUUGGCCCACUGAAGACCUUCUGAAGAAGCACUAUGCUGACUUGUCAGAUAAGCCAUUCUUCCCAGCCUUAGUUAAAUACAUGGCCUCAGGCCCAGUUGUUCCUAUGGUAUGGGAGGGCCUGAAUGUUGUUAAAACUGGAAGAGUGAUGCUAGGUGCUACAAACCCUGCUGACAGUGCCCCAGGUACAAUAAGAGGAGAUCUUUGCAUCCAGAUGGGUCGCAACAUUUGCCAUGGAUCCGACUCUGUGGAGUCUGCAAAGAAGGAAAUUGGUCUGUGGUUCACAGAGAAGGAAGUUGUUGGAUGGUCACCUGCCAAUGACUGCUGGGUAUAUGAAGAUUAAGCAUUUAGGAUCUUAUAUAAAUUAUUUUUACUUGAUAUUACAUAUUGAAUAAAAUGAGAAUAAAUGUUUUCAUUCAACUUUUAUUUCUGUAUUU